AAGAAUAUUUCUUUGAAACCAGAGAAGAACUUAUAAAGCUGCAACAGUCGGGCGUUCUACUGUUCCAGCAAGUACCCCUAGUGGAAAUUGAUGGGAUGAAGAUGGUGCAGACCAGAGCCAUUCUCAACUAUAUUGCAGCAAAGCACAAUCUCUAUGGGAAGGACCUGAAGGAGAGAGCCCUGAUUGAUAUGUAUGUAGAAGCAACAAUGGAUCUGAAUGACCUCAUCAUGCGCCAUCCCAUGCAACCACCUGAGGGAAGAGAGAAGAAUCUUGCCUUAAUUGUGGAUAAGGCCACCAAUAGAUACUUCCCUGCCUAUGAAAAGGUUUUGAAAGACCAUGGACAAGAUUAUCUUGUUGGCAACCAGUUCAGCCGCGCAGAUGUACAAGUGCUUGAAACCAUUUUAAUGAUGGAAGAGAUGAAACCAGAUAUACUUGCCAAGUGUAUGAGGUUUUAAAGCAAGAAUAAGUAACAUCCCAACAAUAAAGAAAUUCCUGCAGCCUGGCAGCCAGAGGAAAUCAGAAAUAGAGGAAAAAAUGGUUCCCCAAGUGAUGAAAAUUUUCUACGGUUAAGUUGUGACAUGACUUAAAAUGAUGGCAACCAUGUUACUUGCUGUAUUUUUGCAUUAACUGUUAAAACUAAAGUGCAAUUAGCUCACACUGUAUAAAAAUUAUAGCAGCAAAAUCAGUUAAGACAUGCUAAACAUUGCGUGCAAAUGUUUCCAAAGUAAAUCUGCCUGCUUGCAGUCACAUAUGAAAGGGCUGAUUGACUUACAGCAUACACAAAACAAAGGGAUGCCUUUUUAGCAUUUCUUCUGAAGAGAAUAAAAUGAAAUAACCCCACUCA